CGUUGCGGGAACGAGGCACGGCCGCGCUGGGAAGGAGGGCUUGGGAAGGGAAGGGAAGCCCGCGAUGGAUGGCGAGAGACGAGUGCGAUGCGGGCUCGCCAGACGCGCACGCAAACUUGACGUUCGAUAAACUUGACGACGGGGGAAGCACGCGUCGUCUGCGGCUUCUCUGUGGGAUCGCUCGCGCUCAGGGAGCCUUCGUGCGUUGUGAUGCGCAAGAUUAGAUACAAUCGCGUUUUCGCGGAAGGCGACGACGGCGCGGGAAGCACGCAACGGGCAGGAGGAGGGUGUCUUCGCGAGGCGCCACCCUGACAGGUCUGCGACAGAGCUGGCAGAGCCUGGCCUGUCGACGAACGCAACCCCGCUGGAAGCAGGCGUCGAGCUCGAGAUCGGUGUCUGGAUGUCCAGUGGGGCGAUCCUCCGCAGUCGGCCGCAGAAUUUGAGACACACAGAUGGGCAAGCCCGGUCUGCCAGUGGACCUAGUGGACGAGCAGGAACGCGAUCAGUGACGCAGACCGGGUUCCCAUGAACGUGGAUUGGAUGCGAGGCCGGGGAGGAUGGGCUGCAUUGAGGACGGAGCGCCGUGCGGUCUUGUGAUCUGGAGGAUGAGAGCGAGGACGUGGUGGGAUGUCGUACCCAGGGGUGACGAACGCAACGCCCGAAACGGUAUGGUCGGCCACGAUGCGAGGGGAGCUGAUACAGCGCAGGGAACUGUCCGAUUGGCAGACACGUCAGGUGAAGACCCCAGUGCGCACGCGCCGCGAUGGGGGCUUCGCGCUGCUGUGCGCUGGGAUGCACCUGGACAAGGAGCGUGCGCGAGGCAGAGGCUCGACUGGUCUACGAGCAGAACAACAGGUCUGAGGGUAUGCUCGCGCGGCUGGGGGACGUUCGAGGCGAAUGUUCAGACGCACACCGUGCAGACGACCGUCUACAGCCAUUUGUGAACACCGG